AUUUAAGAAUAUAGUUUAUCAACGAAAUAAUUCUGUUAAUUUUUCUUUUAUAAUAUUUUGUCUAUCUUUUCCUACUUAUCUUCUAAACAAAUUUUUGAUUGGAAUGUGUGCCAGAUAGAUUCUUUUACAGACCUGCAGCGCCAGGUCAAUGUGUUGAUAAACAAUUCACGAUGCAACCAUGUGAACAGAUAAUGUCUGGGAGUAGUGAAUAAAACUUGUCUUCGAUUCAAAAGCUCUGAAGAUCGCUCUCGCAGAAAGUUGUGUGGUGUUUCGUUCUCAUAAUCUGCGGUAAAUUUGAACUGCGAACAUGUCGAAAUUUUUGGCUCCGCUUCAAUUGACUUUAGCUAUAAUAAAACCUGAUGUUUGCAGAAAUCCGUAUACUUUACAGUUGAUACGUGAAAUUAUUAUGGAGAAGAAUUUUUAUUUUGUUGGCACAAAGAUAACUCAGCUGAGCAAAGUUGAAGCUGAAAAGUUUUAUAUUGAGCAUAAAAAUAAAUUUUUCUAUAAUCGCCUUGUUACUUUUAUGUCAAGUGGCCUUAUGUCUGCCCAUAUUUUAGCAAAAGAAAAUGCUAUCAAAGACUGGAGGGCUUUAAUGGGACCUACACAUGUUUUUAAGGCUCAGUAUGAAGCUCCUGAUUCAAUACGGGCAAAAUUUGGUCUCACUGAUACUAGGAAUGCUGUGCAUGGCUCGGAUUCACCUGAUACAGCUAGAAGAGAAAUUGCAUUCUUCUUUCCUGAAUUCUCUCUUGAAGAGUUUUACAAGUAUCACGAAGAAGCUUUUAGAAAUAAUGAAGUAAUCUUUGAUCCUGAACGCUGGGUACAUAGAAUUAGAGAUACAAAAGCACAGAAAAUUUAGAUUUGUUUUUUGAGUAAAGAGAAUGCAAGUUCAGUGAUACUGGACUACAUUUUCUAAUUUUUCUUGUAAAUAUUUCAUUUAUUUUUGUAUAAUAUGCAUAAUACCUUUUCCUUAAGUUAUUUUUCAGAACUUGACUAUUCAUAGUGAUUUAGUCAUUGGCAAGCUAUUUCAUAUACUUGAGGAAUUGUCUCAUCAUGUCUAUUUACUGUUUUGUUUUUUAUUUAAGUAAAAAGCUUUUGCCAGCAAAUUUGCUUUAAAAAUAUUUUAGAUUUAAAAUUCAUCAUAAUCAAUUUGUUAUUUUACUUAAUUUUAAAUGGUAAUAUUUAUUUGAAAAUAUUUCUUAUUGCACAAUUAUAUUGAUGCAGAAGACCUUAUCGUAUCAAAAUGGACAAUAAUAAUGAUAGAAUUUUAUGUGUAUUAAAAUCUUCAAGAUUGUUCGAUUUAUAUAUUUUUCUGAGGCUUCGUUUUUGUAUUAUAUUUGUUUUAAAUGUCCUUUUGUCUUGAAAAAUGUCUUGACAAGAUUUUAUGUUCCUUUUAGGACACAAAUUUGUAUAUUAUCUCUAUUUUGUUAUUUUGCCAAAUAAAGUUUUUAAAGUUUA